GAGAUGCAUGACGAAGGAGGCGCGUGACGGAGGAGCGGUUGACGGAAGCUGCGGCAGCAGUCGGUGUAAACAAGGCCUCGCGCCUCCGCGGGUCCUGCGACCGCUCCUGGCUGGUGGGUGGUCCCGCACGGGGCGGUAACCGCCGGCUCCAGUGGGAGGUGCUUCUCGGCUUCCUCUCCCCUUUGGUGUACACACCCCCGGAACACCACGUGGGCGUGAGGCAAAGAAGGAGGGGGUGUUAGGCAGACUUCUAACUUCAUUGGCUGUCGUUGCUGCCGGCUCCUGAAAGAAAGCACUCUGAUUGGUCGGUAAGGGGGGUUGUCGGGGGUCUCUGAGUCCUAAGGCUUUUGAUUGGUUGGAUGAGAUAAGCUAGUGAGGCGCUUUCUUCCGCGAGUGGUUUUGAUUGGUUGACCGGAGGGGUUACCUGGGAAUCCACCCCCCAGGGGACUUUGAUAGGAUUGGGGAAGGUUUGUGUUCCCGAAGCGUUGGGAGUUGUCAUAGGCUAAAGAGACGGGAUCUCAGUCACUAAAAAGGGUCUCCCUCCUAGAGAUAGCUACUGCCAUCAACUCAGGAGACCCUGGUCUUUCUAGAGCAGACUUUGCUUUCACCAAACCCAAGGAGUUGACAAAAGGAGCCUCUGCACAGGACCUAAGGAUGCUGUGACCAGAAGAUGGGCUCUCGGAACAGCAGCAGCGCAGGAUCCGGGUCUGGAGACCCCUCUGAGGGCUUGUCCCGAAGAGGGGCUGGCCUGCGUCGGAGCGAGGAAGAGGAAGAGGAGGAUGAAGAUGUGGAUCUGGCCCAGGUACUGGCCUAUCUCCUUCGCAGAGGCCAAGUGAGGUUGGUGCAGGGAGGAGGUGCAGCAAAUUUACAACUCAUCCAGGCCCUCUCGGACUCGGAGGAAGAGCAUGACAGUGCCUGGGAUGGUCGUCUGGGAGAUCGAUACAAUCCACCUGUGGACGCAACCCCUGACACCCGGGAACUGGAAUGCAAUGAGAUCAAGACACAGGUGGAGCUGGCCACUGGGCGGCUGGGACUUAGGCAGGCAUCCCAGGAGAACAGUUUUCCUCGAAUGCUACACCAGAGAGAACGGGGCCUCUGCCACCGGGGAAGCUUCUCCCUUGGAGAACGGUCUCGAGUGAUGUCUCACUUCUUGCCCAAUAGUCUGGGCUUCACUGAUACCUACUCACAGAAGGCUUUCUGUGGUAUCUACAGCAAAGAUGGUCAAAUCUUCAUGUCUGCUUGCCAAGACCAGACAAUCCGACUGUAUGACUGCCGAUAUGGCCGUUUCCAUAAAUUCAAGAGUAUCAAGGCCCGGGAUGUAGGCUGGAGCGUCCUGGAUGUGGCCUUCACCCCUGAUGGGAACCACUUCCUCUACUCCAGCUGGUCUGAUUACAUUCAUAUUUGCAAUAUCUAUGGGGAAGGAGACACACACACUGCCCUGGAUCUAAGACCAGAUGAGCGUCGCUUUGCUGUCUUUUCCAUUGCUGUCUCCUCAGAUGGACGAGAAAUACUUGGGGGGGCCAAUGAUGGCUGUCUGUAUGUCUUUGACCGAGAACAAAACCGGCGCACCCUUCAGAUUGAGUCUCAUGAAGAUGAUGUGAAUGCAGUGGCCUUUGCUGAUAUAAGCUCCCAGAUCCUGUUUUCUGGGGGAGAUGAUGCCAUCUGCAAAGUGUGGGAUCGACGCACCAUGCGGGAGGAUGACCCCAAGCCUGUGGGUGCACUGGCUGGACACCAGGAUGGCAUCACAUUCAUUGACAGCAAGGGUGAUGCCCGGUAUCUCAUCUCCAACUCCAAAGACCAGACCAUCAAGCUCUGGGAUAUCCGACGCUUUUCUAGCCGGGAAGGCAUGGAAGCCUCACGCCAGGCUGCCACCCAGCAAAACUGGGACUACCGUUGGCAGCAGGUGCCCAAAAAAGCCUGGCGGAAGUUGAAGCUCCCAGGGGACAGCUCCUUGAUGACCUACCGAGGCCACGGGGUGCUGCAUACCCUCAUCCGCUGCCGCUUCUCCCCGACUCAUAGCACAGGCCAGCAGUUCAUCUAUAGUGGCUGCUCUACUGGCAAAGUGGUUGUGUACGAUCUCCUCAGUGGCCACAUCGUGAAGAAGCUGACGAACCAUAAGGCCUGUGUGCGUGAUGUCAGUUGGCACCCCUUUGAAGAGAAGAUUGUCAGCAGUUCGUGGGACGGGAACCUGCGUCUGUGGCAGUAUCGCCAGGCUGAGUACUUCCCGGAUGACAUGCCAGAGACAGAGGAACGCACCAGUGCCCCUACCCCAGUGCUCCGCUCUUGUACGGCCUUUUCCUCACCCCAGUAGAUCAGACAUCCAGCUCCUUACAGGGUGAACCUCUCAACAAAUUCUCUUCCUCUUUCUCCUCCUCUUUCUCUUCUGGGGAAUGUCUGGAGGAAUCUCUGGAAUUGGGUGGCAAGAAAAGGAAGCCCAGGCUUUUGGCUAGCCCUGGAAGAUCCACCCCACAAGGCCAGGUGGUCUUCUCAUGUAUGCACACCCAGUAGGCUUGGGUUCCUAUCUCUGGCCAGAGUCUGGUGGGACUUCUGCCAGCAAGAGAACUGUCCUGAGUGUUUUUAAUCAUGUUAUGAUGUUAGGUGUUUGCUCCUAGAUAGAUACCUGAGGACAGGUGUAAAUUAACCUGUCAGCCAGGCCCAUUGCCCAGGUCUUCACAUUGAGGAUUAGAUUGGCCAGUCAGAGAGCCAGGUGUCCUGGCCUUUCUUCUUGAGGUCUAAGGGGGUGGGGAGGGCAGGAUAGAUAAAGGUGUUUCCGUAGCACUCUCCUGGGGUGAAGAUUAUGUCUUCUCUCUUGCCUGGGUCUUUGGAUUUGGACAAGCUGYGAUGUGAGAGGCAGGGGUCUCCAAAAGUUUCACGCAGCCCCACAUGGCACAGGCCCUACCUUUCUGAAAGUCCUGUCAUGUUGGAGGUCAGCAGCUUCAAGGAAGGAGGUUGAAAUAGGGCUCCUUUGUCCUCUCACUGGCUUUGGCUCCCUCAAUAAAUCCUCUGUGGGAACCUG